UCUAGAAAACGAAGGCAGAACUAGCAACGAAUAGGCAAUACAAGUGAGAACAAUUUUUGAUCGAAAUGUGCACAAAAAUCGAAUAAAUAGAACGAAAGUAGCGGAAACAGUUGGUGAAACAGUGAAAUUAUCAACUGACAUUGAAGAUUCCGAGAGAUAAUACUGAUCGGGGCUGGAAUUAGAAUUUUUCCAUACCACCAACAUAAGUGGGAGUUGUCACGAAGGUUGAAUUCAAAAGUUUCACAGAAUGGAAGAUAUUUUUCAUUGGUGCCGUGAGGGCAACUCAAUCCAAGUGCGACUUUGGCUGGACGACACCGAGCAUGAUAUGAAUCAGGGAGAUGAUCAUGGUUUCAGUCCUCUGCACUGGUGUGCCAAGGAAGGUCACACCAAACUGGUGGAAAUGCUGUUGCAUCGUGGAGCUCGAGUUAAUGCCACCAACAUGGGUGAUGACAUUCCACUCCAUCUGGCUGCCGCUCAUGGACAUCAGGAAAUUGUUCAAAUGCUAAUUCGUCAUCGAUCGGACGUCAAUGCGGCAAACGAGCACGGAAAUACGCCACUGCACUACGCUUGCUUCUGGGGAUAUCAACCGAUCACCGAGGAACUGGUUAACAAUGGUGCGUUGGUUUCGCUUGCCAACAAGGAUGGCGAUACUCCACUGGACAAGGCAAAAUCCAUAUUGGCCACACGUUUGCAUAGUUUGGCAGUCGAAAGUGGACAGGAGCUGAAGAAGAUCAGCUUCAAGGAUCAGAGCUGGCUGGGAAUGAAGACACGUUCUCGGGAUGCUACGCUGUCCCGUUACAAGGGUAUUAACAUUCAGGACCUUAUGUUGCAUACCAAGUUGGCCAUUACUCCGGGUGGCGAAACUUGGCGAGGCAGAUGGCAAAAUAAUGACAUCGUUGCAAAGAUACUGGCUAUACGGGAGUGCAACUCUCGCGUCAGUCGCGAUUUCAACGAAGAGUUCCCGAAGUUACGAAUUUUCUCUCAUCCGAAUAUUCUUCCAGUGGUUGGAGCGUGUAACGCACCACCGCGUUUGAUUGUCAUUAGUCAGUAUAUGCCUAGAGGAUCACUGUACGAUCUCUUGCACGGUGCUGCAGGCAUAGUAGUUGAUACUGCCCAAGCCGUACGUUUCGCUUUGGACAUGGCGCGUGGAAUGGGUUAUUUGCAUUCGCUUGAGAGAAUUAUCCCGGAGUAUCAUCUGAACAGCUGUCACGUAAUGAUUGAUGAUGACUUGACGGCCCGCAUCAACAUGGCGGAUGCCAAAUUUUCCUUCCAAGAGCGCGGACGUGUUUAUCAACCGGCCUGGAUGAGUCCGGAAAUGUUACAAAAGAAACGUACCGAUCGCAACUGGGAAGCCUGUGACAUGUGGAGCUUCGCGAUUUGCAUUUGGGAGUUGGCGACCAGGGAAGUUCCAUUCGCGGAACUGUCGCCAAUGGAAGCAGGGAUGCGGAUCGCAACCGAAGGUCUGCGCGUUACAAUUCCACCCGGAACAUCGCCACAUUUGAGCAAACUGAUCAAAAUUUGCAUGAACGAAGAUCCAGGCAAACGUCCAAAGUUCGACAUGAUUAUACCGAUUCUCGAAAAGAUGAAGCGCUAGGCGCAGUGACACGUGUUCGGUUCAAUGUAGGAGCAAUGUGCCUUAAAUGUUCUGUCAUCUUAAUUUAUUUACGUUUCAAUAGUCCUAGUGUGGGUCAACACUAAUUCUGCCAAAAUGUAACAGUGUGCUGAAGUUUUAACAAUCGAUUCACAGGAGUUUUAAUUAUAGUGGACACGUGACAAGGUUACACGUAAAAUUAACUCAUAAUUACGUUAUCGUGGAAAUCUGAAAUCAAAUAACAAUUAAAAAAGUGUCUUACGAGGAUAAAGUAUUCGAUUCAAUUAAUAGGGUCUAGUUUGUCUUCCCGCGAAACAAAAAUAAAACAAUUAACUGGUAUUAAUUGUAGUAAUUGCAUGCUCGUAUACUUAACGUUGUAGACAAAGUAGGCUGAGAUUUAUUUUUAAUAAAUGUUUAUUGACGAA